CUGGAUGCGAGGAAAAUAAAUCACCGCACCACCGCUACAGCACCGCUAAGAAAAUGGAAAAUCCUGUCAAUAGUUCUACCCCAAUUACAACCCUCGAAAAGGUUAAACUCCAGGAACAAGAGAAAGAAGCUAAACUUAAAGAAAAACGAGAACAGGAAAACACCAUAUCAUUUCUGAGCAAAGCAAUUCGUGACGCUACAACACAGGCUGAAAAAUCCGAAAAGGUGCAAGAAAAUUUAGUUAAGAGUACAGACUCGCUUCAUGAACAGAAAGUGUUGGCGGAAUGCCGUCGGGACACGUUGUUGGCACAGCUCAGCUCGUUCCAAAAAAAAUUGAAAGAGUUGCGAGCUAAAUCCGAAGAAGAAAUUUCCAAGGUUUGGGAAAUGCGUUCGUCUUUUUGCAAAGAAAUCCACUCGGUUUCUGAUGCGUGCGAUGUUUGGACUCUACUAACGAAGCCGGUUGGCGCGGAGCCUGCGUCUCGGAGCGUGCCGAAAGAGGUCCAGAUGCCUAGUCAAGAGAGUGAGAAAAGAUUGCAGGCCGCUAUUGAAAGGCGCAUAAAGGUAUUGGCAGAGCGAGAUCGCUUGUCUACAGAACCUGAAAAUGGAGAAGAAUUUAUGAGAAUAAGGAAUGCCUUACAUUAUUCCUUGGACAAAAUAGCUGAAGAACUUAAUAAAUAACAAUAAUUAUUCACUAAUUAUACAGCUACGAGGUACCUACUCCUGAUAUUAUACAGUUGAUAUGAUAGCGCUAAAAUUAUCCUUCCUUUUUUAAAUAGA